UUCUCUGAUCCCUCAGUUCCUUUUAUGUCGUUCCUGUUCUUGUGCUUGCUCUUGCAAUCCGGCCUUAGCCAUUCGCGUUGCUCGAAAUGCAGCAAAAAUCGCUCAUUUAGAACCAUUCUUUCUGUUUUGCUCUCUCAAUUCCAUCUUUGUUUGGUAAAAAGAUUGCCCCUUUUCUCUUGAAAUGCUGAUGGAAAAGGGAAAUGGGGGAAGAGGAGUUGCGCUCUUGCUCGGGUUCCUUGCUUUUUUCGCGCUGGCGUUUGGCGGAGAAGACGAAGGAGUUAGCGUCUGGCCGAUGCCCAAGUCGGAGAGCCAUGGCUCGCAGACGCUGUCCUUGAGCAAGGAUUUCAAGUUGACGACAAGGGGAAGCAACUACCCGGACGGCUCCGGGCUAUUGAAGGAAGCUUUUUGGAGGAUGGUUGAUGUGGUCCAAGUGAAUCAUAUUGUUGAUGGCCGAGUUCCAAGUUCGAUGGUGCUCGCUGGGUUAAAUGUCGCAAUUUCUUCAGCAGAUGAUGUGCUGAAUUUUGGGGUUGAUGAGUCCUAUAAAUUGGAUGUUCCUGCUGUUGGAGGUCUCAUAUAUGCAAAUGUAGAGGCACAAACUGUUUAUGGAGCGCUUCAUGCUUUGGAGACUUUCAGUCAAUUGUGCCACUUUAAUUUCGAUGAGAGAAUUGUUGAAUUACAUUCAGCUCCUUGGUCUAUUUUUGAUGAACCAAGGUUUCCUUAUCGUGGACUUCUUAUUGACACUUCUCGGCAUUACCUACCUCUACCAGUAAUGAAAGUUGUUAUUGAUUCAAUGACCUAUAGUAAGUUGAAUGUGCUUCACUGGCACAUUGUGGAUGAGCAAUCCUUCCCCUUGGAGAUACCUUCAUUUCCAAGAUUGUGGUUUGGCUCAUACUCUUAUUCCGAGCGGUACACUGUGGCCAAUGCUCUUGAAAUUGUACAUUAUGCACAAAGAAGGGGAAUAAAUGUCUUGGCUGAGAUUGAUGUUCCAGGCCAUUCUCACUCCUGGGGUGUUGGAUAUCCUGAUUUAUGGCCAUCAUCAGAUUGCAAUCAGCCUCUUGAUGUCAGUAAGGAGUUCACAUUCGAAGUAAUAGAAGGAAUUCUUUCUGAUUUCUCAAAGAUUUUCAACUUCAAGUUUGUCCACCUAGGAGGUGACGAAGUAAACACAAGUUGCUGGUCUGAUACCCCUCAUGUAAAGGAAUGGUUGAAUAAACAUGGGAUGACUGAAUCUGAUGGCUACAAGUACUUUGUUUUGAGGGCACAAAAAAUAGCUAUAUCGCAUGGAUAUGAAGUCAUCAAUUGGGAAGAGACUUUCGACAACUUUGGGAAACAACUAAGCCCUGAAACUGUAGUUCAUAACUGGCUCGGCGAUGGAGUAGCGGAGAAGGUGGUCGCUAUGGGACUUAGAUGCAUCGUCAGCAACCAGGACAAGUGGUAUUUAGAUCACUUAGAUGCUACAUGGGAGGGGUUCUACAUGAAUGAACCCCUCACAAACAUUACUAUCCCUGAACAACAAAAACGAGUUAUAGGCGGUGAGGUGUGCAUGUGGGGAGAACAAAUUGAUGCAUCUGAUAUCGAGCAAACCAUUUGGCCAAGGGCUGCAGCUGCUGCAGAACGACUGUGGACUCCUAUUGAGAAACUAGCAAGUGAUCCAACACUAGUUACAGGGAGACUGGCUCAGUUCAGGUGUUUGCUCAACCAGAGGGGGAUUGCUGCUGCACCAUUAGCAGGACCUGGACGUGCCCCUCCGGUAGGGCCUGGUUCUUGCCUGAAACAGUAAAGGAGGUUUUGGAUUUGACUAACCAGUCGAUUGGUCAUUUCAUUUUUAAGGUUAGUGGCAGUAGUAUUUUGCUUCAAGUCAAUCAUGCAAUUCUGAUGUUGAGCAAUUUUACAUUUUGUCAAUAAAGCGACACAUUUAUCAUUAAUAAUGAAAUUAUUUCACCAUGUUCAUGUUGAAUAAGUGUGAAUGGAGAAAAGAUGGUAGAGAAGAAACUCCAUUGUAAAUGAGACUUUAGUUCCACAUUAAAAAAUUUCAAGGCAAAUUUGUUGGUUUAUAUUCAUUCACAUACAUUGAGGAUGUGAACAAAUACAUGGGGAGAGACUUUCUUUCACGUGUAGGUGCGUAGGGGGGUUGUAAAUCCAUGGCCCGGAUUGCACUGAACCAAGUUGACUCGUGCGCGAGCGCGACCUGCGCACACGAAUGCCAGACCGGUUGGUACAAAAUUUGCUCAAGCGGAACAACCAUUCAGUUCGUCGUGACCAUCAGUGCUUGGUGGAGUUCAUGGUAGACCGUU